UAUUCUUUCUCCUACUCACUUUCACGAACCAAUAAGAGGCAGAGAGAUGGGUAGUUCCUCAUCGCCUCAUCGCUCUCAUGGUGGCAGUAACAAUAGUAGCAGCAACGGCGAAGAUAGGCCGCGAUUCUUCGACCCAAAAGCAAAGAGCAAGUGCUGGGCAAACGCCGCAAUAGUGCCAGGUCGACACCCUGAGCGGUGGCGCAAAGACGCCGCCGGCAACAUUGUCUGCAAGCGCUUCUGCAAUUGCCAGGGCUGCCUCUGCUUCGAGUACGAUCACAUACUCCCCUUUUCUAAAGGUGGUGAAUCCGUAGCCGAAAACUGUCAGAUUCUACAAACAAGAGUGAACAGAUUCAAAUCAAACAAAGAGCAGGUCGACGAGAAUCAAUUGAAAGGCUACUCUUGUGAUGUCAAGUUUACAGAUAAGGAGCUUGACAUAAUUGAAAUGGCUGUUUACGGUGAUGUGGUCCGGCCAGGAAACCAGUGCCGAUGCAGAACUGUAGCCGAGAUGCUUGGCCAGGUCAAGUCAAAAGACAAAACUGCCGCUUGCAAGUUGCCACAUAGCAGUGAGGCUCUAUAGCAACUAAGGCAUACCAAAUUCCUUCAAUUCUUGUAGACAAAUUGGAAUGUAGUGAUUUCAGAAAGGAGGAUUUGGAAAAGUCAUUUGAAAAACUAAAAGCAUUAGAUAGAAUGUAUCUGAUCAACUAUAUGCAAUACAGCUGAAUAAUUUUACUGUUGUGAGAGUAACUUUUGGUCAUCUUGAUAAGUCAAUGGAAAUGGAACAAAGUAUUACCAUUUAGAUUGAA